AAACUUGGUGUGUGUGUGUGUGUGUGUUUGCUGACACAAAAAGUGGAAAAACUUGACAGCAGCCACACCAAACUUCAAUCAAACCCCCAUUAUAUAACAAACCAACCAUUUGUAUAUAUGCCCUCCUAAUCUACACUGAUUAAUUAACACAACCCCAACUUAUUAAUUAAAGCAUCCCACACACAUGUUUUCAUGUCUCCUUUUCUCUUUCUAAUCCUACACUCUUUUGGAUUCAUUCACGGCCAUGAUCAUUCUCAACAAAACUGAUCACACCACUUUUUCCACACCUUCAUAAUCAAUUCAUCUCCUCUCCCUCUCCCUCAACUCCAUAAUCAAGAACUCACAAAACUGAUCAAAAGUUGAUUGGGUUUUGGUUGAAGAAUGGAGGCGUGGCGGUGGCAGAGCAAGGCGUGGACUAAAGAAGAGAACAAGCGGUUCGAGAGCGCGCUGGCGAUCUUCGACGAGAAGACUCCCAACAGAUGGUUUAAGGUUGCAGAGAUGAUUCCUGGGAAAUCUGUUUAUGAUGUAAUAAAUCAGUACAGAGAGUUAGUUGCAGAUGUUAGUGAUAUAGAGGCAGGUUUGGUCCCCAUUCCUGGCUACUUGGCUUCUUCAUUUACAUUGGCAGAUCAUGCCGAUUGCGAUUUUGAUGUAUUUAGGAAGAGGCCCAAGAAUAAUUGCUGCGAUCAAGAACGCAAGAAAGGGGUGCCAUGGACUGAGGAAGAACACAGGCGGUUCCUGCUGGGGCUGGAGAAGCACGGCAAAGGGGACUGGAGGAACAUAUCGAGGAACUUCGUGGUGUCGAAAACGCCGACGCAGGUGGCGAGCCACGCGCAGAAGUACUACCUGCGCCAGCUCUCGGGGGCCAAGGACAAGAGGCGCCCCAGCAUCCACGACAUCACCACCGUGCACCACCCCGUUAUCAACGACGGCCACGGCCAGGAGCCUCUGUUGGAUAAAUUUGCUCGUAAUAUUGUUUCCACAAAUGCAGCUGCUGCAGCUUCGGCUAUGGAGAGCACUCCGAGGAUAGUGAUGGAUUGGAGCCACAAGAACGAGGCGGCGGCGGCGGCUCUCGUGUGGCGCUUCUUGCCUCGACGUUGAUAUACUAAUGUGUAGCUGUCUGAAAAUGACUGUGUAUGUAUGUCCAUCAUCAUCAACAACAACAAAUGUUGUCUUGUGCUGUGCUGUGCUGUGCUGUAUGAAUUGUGCUUGUCUACUCAAA